AUGGUUGUGGGUCCAGGGUAUAAGCAGGAGGUGCUCCACGUCCUCAACAUACAAAAGUACAAGGUGUUCUAUGGACUAGCAUCCCCACCCACGAGCUAUGGCGGCUAUGGUGGCAAUGCAAAGGAGGAUGCCAAGUACACAUUCGAGUACCCGACUAACUGGAAGUCGGAGGUCGUGAAUAAAGUGUCCAAGGGCACACAGGGUGUGGACGGCCGGGUGUUCAAUGACGCCCUCACCAUGUUGACGGAGAAGCGCGACUCCGAGCACGAAAUCGACGGGCAGAAAUACUAUGAUGUGGAGAUCGUGUCGCCAGACAUCCGUUACCUUAUGACCUUCACCGUGAACAUGGGCAAGGUGUACGCCUUCCUACUGUGGGCGAGGAACGAGGAGUCCCUGCGCCAUAUCCAUCAGUCGUUCAGGACUGUGUAG